CGUUGUCACUACUUAGAAAUACCAGAAAGGGAUUCAAUUUAGUAGGAAAUCAUAGUUUAAAGUUUAAACUUAAGAGGAAUGACAGCAGAAGAAAAGAAACGUAUUCACUUUCAUAAAGACAGUUUGCCAGCCGAGCCAACAACCAUGAAUACAGCAGAGAAUGGAGUGAAUUCACACUGCUCAAUCUGUGGAGACAGAGCAACAGGCAAACACUACGGGGCCUCCAGUUGUGAUGGCUGCAAGGGCUUUUUCAGACGGAGCAUUAGAAAGAGCCAUGUAUAUUCCUGCAGGUUUAAUCGACAAUGUGUUAUUGACAAAGACAAGAGGAAUCAAUGCAGAUUUUGCAGACUUAACAAAUGUUUUCAUGCAGGAAUGAAAAAAGAAGCUGUACAGAAUGAAAGAGACCGGAUAAGCUCUAGAAGAAAUACAUACCAGAGCAGCAGUUUACCAUCUAUAACUGCACUGGCACAAGCUGAAAGUCUCUCUCGGCAGAUCAGUGUACCCAGCCCUGGAGCACCUACAGAUGUAUCAGCAAAGAAAAUUGCCAGUAUUAGCGAUGUAUGUGAAUCUAUGAAGCAGCAGCUAUUGGUUGUGGUAGAAUGGGCAAAAUACAUUCCAGCAUUUUGUGAAUUACCACUAGAUGAUCAGGUUAGUCUGUUGAGAGCACACGCUGGGGAGCACUUACUUCUUGGGGUAGUGAAGAGAUCAACCCCUUACAAAGAUCUCCUUCUUCUCGGCAAUGACUAUAUUAUCCAGCGCAACUGUCCUGAAGUUGAGAUUAGCCGAGUUGCAAACAGGAUUUUGGAUGAACUGGUUGUGCCUUUUCAGGAAUAUCAAAUAGACGACAACGAAUAUGCCUCUUUAAAGGCUAUUGUCUUCUUUGACCCAGAAGCUAAAGGCCUGAAUGAUUCAUCUAAGAUUAAAAGCAUGCGGUACCAGGUGCAGAUCAGUUUGGAAGAUUACAUCAAUGACAGGCAGUAUGAUUCUCGAGGGAGGUUCGGGGAGCUACUUCUACUCCUGCCAACUCUGCAAAGCAUCACUUGGCAAAUGAUCGAGCAGAUCCAGUUUGUCAAACUCUUCGGAAUGGCUAAAAUUGACAACUUGCUUCAGGAAAUGCUUCUGAGCGGAACAGUUAAUGACGCAAUACACACCCAUCACCCUGUGCAUCCACAUCUAGCCCAGGAUCCUUUGACUGGUCAGACUGUUUUAGUAAACUCAAUUCCAACUCCAGUGCUCACGGAACAUAUUUCGACUCCAGAAACUCCAUUACCAUCGCCUCCACAAGGAUCUGGACCAGAACAAUACAAAGUGACUUCAAACUAAAAUGUUGCCAAACAGCAUGAUACUUUACUUCUAUGACUGCAUAGCUUUCAGAUGCAAUUUUACAAUUUUUCAGAACCACAUAUUGGGUUUGUCAUGAUGGCUGAGAAUACUGACAGACUGUUCGUAGAAUCAUGGGUCAUGUUUUUUUUUUUUUUUUUUUUAGAAGCAUCCUAAAUAAUGUGUAAGAACUGUUUCUUAAUGGUUCUAAGUAUUUAUUUAAAAUUACUGGUACAUAUUUACUACUCAUUGAACUUUAUAUAAAAAUAUAAGACUAAUUGGUUUUCAAUUUUUUGGUUUCAAAAGUUGGGUGGGGGUGGGGGUUCAUUUUCAGUAGCUGGGGCAUGUAGUAAUAAAAUUUAAAAAAUAAAACAUUCAUUUUUCAUUCAGAUUGGUGCCUUUGCGGUCAUGAACUCCAUCUGGAGGG